CCUCUGUUCAUAAACAUAAGACGUUUUGGCAGUCUAAAUUGAACUGCCAAAACGUCUUAUACAUUUAUAAACAGAGGUAGUACGUCCAAAGACAGCACCCUGUAAGAAUACCAAAAUUGGUAUCUAACAAAUAGUGUAGUACAUGUCUGUUUUCUUCUGCAUUACUGCAUGCAGUCGAGCAUUUUUGUUUCUUGACCGGGAACAAAGUACGAAAAGAUCCUAGUGUGUGUAUAGUUGAGCAAAUAAUAUACAGGAAAUAGAAGAAGGUGAACUAGUGAAGAUUGGCCUGGUUCAGUCAAGAGGAAGAACCAAGAGCUUAGAAUGGUUGGCAGUAGACGCCUGCACUAAACUGGAAUUUGCCUUAUCAAUGCCCAGUUGUGCCAUCUCUCCUGAAUGAGCUUCCAGAACUUAUGUUGAAUCAAAUUUAACCGGAUACCUGUGAUGUUAGAUAACAGUCGAAUAGGCAAACUAGAUACCAGGAUUGGCAGUCGAUUCAUGCCCUCAAAUUCAUGUUAGUGCGGUGGAGAACGGGGGCUUCCUCUUCUGGUGGAAUGGGAAAUCUCCACCUGGGGGACUGUGGUGGUCGGUGGAGCAUGUUCAGGAGGAACGGUGGCAUCAGGAUAAGGACUUGGAUUAUUGCUGAUAUGGAAGGAAGUAAAAAACUGAGGGGGAUCUGUAACACCUUUUUGACACUAGCGUCUGAUGCUCGAGAUGCUGAGGCAAGUUUUCGUGAAGCAGCUAGCGAGCCCAAGGGAACAGAACAAGCGGAUAUAAUAAGAGGGUGCGCAAGUGCACACAAGAGGCCUUACGCGUCAGGAAGUUCGGAGUAUGCAUCUAGAGCUUUUAACAUGUCGAAUUCCUCCAACUGGCUGCUCUGCGUUUCAUUUGAAUGAGAAUGGAACGGGCCCUGGUCCUGGAGACUUUUGAUCUGAGAAAUGGAAUUCUUCCAAGCGCUCUGGCUUUAGGAGCAUGCUGCUGCUGGUCAGACAAAACACCCUCUGAACUUCUCAUGACCCACUUAUAUACGUGAGGAUGCAGUUGCCUUGUUGCAGAGAUUAUUAUGCAUCAAACUGAACCACCCGUGCAAGUUAACAAUAGCCCCCCGCUUAUCUUUUUGUCAAUUUGCAAGUGUUUUUGACUUUUUUCAUGCCUGACCGACACGGCACGAGUACUUGACCAAAAGGAUUUUAGGUGAGAUUUCAACCAAGAAAGGGCGGCCAAAAUAAGGUGGACGGGAGCCUUGGGAUUGCGAUGCUACGGCCUACGGACGAGUUGCGACGGCUACAUCUUGAAGAAAAGGCACGGUAGCUUAGCCUUGCAACAUAAGCUCCGUCAGGAUAUGGAUCGCCAGUGGCAUCUCAUGAAUUGGACGUGGCAACAACCAGUUAGGUGCAAAUGCGCCACUCAACCAGACUGACAGGGAUUCCAAAGCCAGAAUGAACUUUGCCAAAUGGUCUUGUCACUUGAGAAUCUCAUGAACUUGCUUUGAGAGAGACAAGUUGGGACAGAUGAGGAGUAGCCGUUUCCAACUGUGAGACACGCUCCUGCCCACCUUACACUAUUGUAGAUCGACGGUGACCCGACAUUCCUCGUGCAGUGCUAACUGGUACUACUCCCCGCCCCCUCCUUGCGUUUAGAUGCUUUCCGAUUUUCGAUGGAGACGGUUAGGUAUUGCUCCGUCUGAA